CACAGCUCCUUGCGAAUCGGCAGAACGCGAAAGAGAGAUAAUAGAAGAUAGACGAAGGCACAAGCGAGCUCUGCUACGAAGAGCGAACACCACGCGCCGCGUUCCGUCGUCCACGCCGCGCUUCCAUCCAUCCAGGGGGCUGCGUCGUCGGCCACUCGGCCGUCCUUCCUCUCUGGGCUCUGCCUCCAGCUCUGGCGGAGAUAUUAUUUGUAAAAGAUUAUGUCUUUGCGUAGGCCACCCCUUCCACGGCUUCUCCUUAACAAUGUAGGUUGCAUGAGAAAUGCACAACAAAUUCUUCGUCAUGUUAACGUCACACUCCAUGACGGUGGGGCUCUUGUACUGACGGGCACAAAUGGUUCUGGAAAAACCACCUUUCUGCGCAUGUUAGCUGGUUUCGCAAAACCAUCUGCUGGUGAAAUACUAUGGAAUGGUCAUGACAUCACCAAUUCGGGUAUCUUUGAGCAAUACAAACUCCAGCUCAACUGGCUUUCCCUGAAGGAUGCUGUGAAGGAGAAGUUCACGGUCCUAGACAACGUUCAGUGGUUUGAAGUGCUUGAAGGGAAGCAGGGAAAGUCUUUGCCGGCUUUAGAGGCUGUGGGGCUGGGGAGAUUGGCAAAUGAGAAGUCAAGAAUGCUCUCCAUGGGUCAAAGGAAAAGGUUACAGCUUGCUAGGUUGUUGGCAAUUGAUAGGCCAAUUUGGUUGCUUGAUGAGCCUUCGGUGGCAUUGGAUGAUGAUGGUGUGAAGAUACUGGAGUCCAUCAUAGCCGAUCACAGAAAGAAGGGUGGGAUUGUCAUUGUAGCCACCCAUCUACCCAUUAAGAUUGAGGACGCUAUGCAUUUGAGGUUGCCUCCCAGGUUCCCGCGAAGAAUGACGUUGGUUGACAUGCUCGAUCGUGGUGGAUUGGACUGAUUCUACUCGUGUAGCUGUGGGAGCUGUUAUGGAAAGGAAGCUAUGCAACUUAUGUUUGAGACGCCAGACUGACUGACUGACUAUAUUCCAUCCGACCAUACUGAAGGCUAUGAAAACCUUGGUUUUUCCAUUAUUUUAUUGCACAGAUGUAUAAGGUGGUAAGAAAAUUGCUUCCAGGAAGUCAGUGAUGACUUAUGGGGAGGAAAAAAUAUUUUUUGUUCGAAAAUACUUUAUUGUAAAUUUAGUACUUUUAUAUCGUCACUCCAAACUCGUGCAUAUGAAAGUAUUUAUGUACUAUUCACGCUGGUUAGCCAAUCUCAGCAUUGAUCUCUA